AUGCCUUCAUAUCGCCGUCUUUUGGCGGCCAUGCUUGCUGCGGCCAGUGCCGUCCAUGCCUCUCCAGCGGCGGUCCCGGCUCCUGCUGCUGAUACCACGACUGCCCCGCUGGCACCCACCAACGCCUGGGUGUCGGUCGGCAGCAACGGCACCCCUAAGACCAUCACGCCCCUCCUGACGACAAUCAGCGGCACGCCCACCGUGCUCUCGGCCAAGCCCACUGUCAGCGGCACGGCCACCUCCACCGAACAGCCCGAGGCCACGGCCACCAACGGCGCCGGCUCGUUCCCCGUGUGCAACAAUGUCGACGGCGACCUCGCGCCGUUCUGCGCGCCGUCCAACGGCACCACCCUGAACCCGGGCAUCACAUACUACGUCACCUGGGACCCCAGCUUUUUCUCGGCCUUGCCCAACACGACCGUCAUUAUUACAGGCAACUUCUUCAACGACACCACGGGCGCCAUCACUACACAGGCCUUUUCGUCCAGCACCCUUGCGGCCGGCUGGUCGUUUUACGCGUGGGACGUGGAGAAGUCGCUGCUUGCCGGUGCCACCUCGGCAGGCGUCAACAUUCGCAUCUCGAUGGCCUACCUGUCCACAGGCAACAACAGCACGCACGUUGCCGGCCCGGUCGUCACGGUGGCCAACCCGCAGCCGUACCGCCAGAAGCCGGCCGAGGCGCCGUCGGGGAUGGCCCUCUACAUUGGUCUGCCGUGCAUUCUGGGCUUCGUUGCCCUGAUGCUGAUUGGCACGUGCAUCUGGAACCACCGCACGCGCCGCAUCGGCCUCGGCAACGUCAUGGGCCGCUCGCGGUUUGGCAAGCUGGGCGAGCUCGGGCAAUCCAAGGGCUAUGGUGUGCGCAAGUCGAGGCGCCAGCGUGUCGGCGCCGUCAACCUGGACAGCAAGGACGCGAUUGACCUGCAGAACCGCGAAGCACGCAAGAAUGGCAGUGGCAGCGGCGGCAACGAUGACGUCAACGACGACGGCUACGACGACUUUGGCAUGUCGUGGUCCAACACCAAUAUUGGUGGCCGUGGGCCGUCGUCGCCCUAUGCCGACGCGCCGCGUGGACCGCCCGCCGGUGGACCGCCAACGCUGACGCUUUCGGGUGACCAUUGGUCGGUGCCCCAGCGGCCACGCCGCGACAGCGAUCUUGGCAGCCUGGCUGGCACGCCGACGGACGAGCGGUUCGAUGACGCCAACCGGCCGCGGGCCAACAACGACAGCGGCAGUACCGGCAACGCCUUCCGGGACGAGCUGCGGCGGCAGAAGCAGCAGCAGGACAAUCUUCUCUGA